GCGAGUUGCGCGAGAGGGAACGGUAGCCGGGGCGGGGAAACUGGACAGCGCGGCGCUCCAGCGAUCUUCCGCUCUCUUUCGCCCUCGCCCAAACCCCCGAAAGGGUUUCUCUGGCACGAUUUCCCCAGACUGUCACGCCGCCUCCUUUCCCUUUCCAACGAGCAACGCAGACGAAGGCGCCAGGACCCCGUCCGAGGCGGAGUCGACUUUCUCCUUUUGUGUCCGCGACGCAACGCUGGGAAAACAGACCCAGCAAGGACAAAACCCUUCCUGACCGACUCGACGCCGACAAGAAAGAGCGGUGUCCAUUUCCCCCUUCGACACCCCUCGUCCUCCAAGCCCGGCGCGACAAUACUUCCGAAUCCUGCCCUCCGGCCCCCUUUUGACCGACUAUUCGUAUCUGGAUUUCCCUUCCUGGUUUCGGCCAACAUGUCCUACGACUUCAACGCCACUGGGGGGGAAGCCGCACUGUUGGAACAGCUUGUGUUUGACCACCGCGAAAGAUACUCGUAUCCUGCUGUCUCCUCGGCUGCCCCUUCUCAGGAUCUCGUCUCGACCGCGCUCGCCACCACCACCACCAUGUCUCAUCCGAACCGCCAGAGCUUGAGCCCGGUGACGAGCUGGCUGCCCCUCGACCCGGCCAGCACCAUGAGCGCGCCCAUGUCCAUGCACUCGCCCAACUCGGCCAGCGGGGUGCCUUCAUCCCCCGACGACCAGAGCGCCGGUUCGCCGGGGCAUCAGAGCAGCACCAUGUCGAGCCCUCUUCAACAGUCGUCUCCGUAUCAGACGGCCGCUCAUUCCCAACCGGCAGGGCUGGUCCCGGACUGGUCUCUUCCACUGCAGGCCCAGCAGCAACCGGCUGCCGAUCUCUCGCAGUUCAUCCAGGAUUCGGCUCUCAUGAGCUUCAACCCGUACACGUCCAAUUUCCAGCCCGCUCCCGUGGAGUAUCUCCCGGCAACCACUCAGGCCACGCUCGACGCUGGGCUCCAGCUAGAGUCGGCAUUUCCCACCAUGUCACCAAUGGAUCCGACCUCGCGAGUGAUGCAGUGGGGGGGUGCAAACUGGCAGGAUUUUGAUCAGUCGCUCAACUUCCAGACCGAUAGUCUCCCGCGCGUAAGGAGCAUCGGGAGCCAUUCCCCGACUGGCACCUUUCUCGAGGUUUUGUCGCUGGGCUCAAGCAGCGACAAUGGCUGGACGUCGGUGGACAUGUAUCCUAGCUGCGACACCUUCACGCACUCGCAGACGCAGCAUACCCAGAACCAGGCGAUCUUCAACCCGAGCCAGACCCUGCACCUGAGGACGAAUUCGGACUCGUCUGACGCAAACUCGCUCGAGUUCGGCAGCUACGAGGAGAUCACUUUUCCCUACUCCCCGUUCUCGCCAUGCUCUGACGGCUUCGUGGACACGGCUAACAACCACCGCAACUGCAUGCCGGGGGAGCAUCACCACCACGCGUCGACGUCUCCGGAACUCAUCAGCCCCACUGCCGCCGUCGCACCGUUGCCAAUCAAUAACAAGGCCAUCUCGGCUUCCAGGCCCGUGGUCGGCAGCGGCUCCAGCGGCUCUGGUUGUACUUCUCCUCCGGCAAGGCGGAACUCUGGGACGAGGAAGAGCCCCAUUGCCAAGGCCACAAAACCCGUUAUUCGGAGGACGUCGACAGGGAAGAAGGAUGGCACUGGCGAGAAGAAGGUGGGCAGGAGACGAGGGCCCCUGCUGCCGGAGCAGCGCAAGCAGGCCAGCGAGAUCCGGAAGCUCAGGGCUUGUCUCCGCUGCAAGUUCCUCAAGAAGACGUGCGACAAGGGCGAGCCUUGUGCUGGCUGCCAGCCUUCUCACGCUCGUCUGUGGCAAGUCCCUUGCACGCGGAUAGACAUCAAGGACAUUGGAUACUUUAUGAAGGACUGGAAGGCCGACUAUGAACGGCAUCUCGGCCGCGGCAUGUCCGUUUUCAAUGUGAAGGGCUUUGCGCAGAAGGAGACGCUCAUGUGGAUCACGCAUGGCUACGGCUUCUGCCUCCCCGUCAUGGUCCGCGAGGUCUACGUGGCGGAUGAGAGCUGCUUCCAGCUGGAUUGGGUCGAGUCGUCCCUGCAAGAUCAAGACCCCAUCGAUUUCGAGAUUCGCACGGAGCGUCUAGAUGUCGGCCAGGAUGGCAUCUCCAUGGAAGCUUUGAACGAGUAUAUCGACAAGCACGUCGACGAGGGCUUUGAGCAGUUCAUCGACGACCACUUCGAGGGUACUCCUUUCAUUACCGAGAUCUUCAAGACGGCGUACCGGUUCUACACCAAGGAGAGGCUACCCGUCAUCCGCAAGGCCCUCAAGCUCGUCGUGGCCUACAAUCUCACCCUCCACAUUACCAUGGUUGAGCAGCCGCCAACGGAAGAGCCGAUGGAAGGCCAGAUCGACGACGAGGACUCCAAGUACUACGGCAAGGUGGUCGCCCCCGUCAUGAUCAACUUCCAGAUCAAGUGCGCCAUGGCCGACAUGUGGCGUGAGCUACAGAAGGAUAUCCUAGAGGAGCUGUCGGCUCUCUACUCGAGCGUCUACAGCGGUGAGCGUUUGAAGAACUGGCCAACUAUCUUCAUGCUCGCCUCCAUUCUGCUCGCCGUCUGGGAGGAGAUUCAGUUCGACUGCCACUACCGCGUCCCCGACCCGGUCGCCGUCGAAAAGUUCUGCAACGACAUGGAGACCGUGCCCGUUGGUGUCAUUGUCGGCCUCUUCCACGCCAUCUCCCAGAAGCUGCCCGCGUUCACCGAAUGGGACACUCGGAGACACGGCCAACUGCUCAACAACAACCCUGCGGUCUGCGAAGCCAUGACCGAAGUGCGGCAACACGUCCUCAAGCAUGAGGCAUACCUGAGGACGCGUUCCGAAACCAAGUUUGACCGCUACGACUUCGACUCAUUAUCAAACAAGCUCCUUUCGAAGCUGGUCAUCAGGUCCAACUAGAAUUUGUCACGACAUGGGCGAUCCGUAUUGACGCGGCCGUUGUCGUCAAGGAGCAUCAGCCUUUCGUCUCGGCCGGCGAGGGCUAUAAUCUCUCUUCUAUUUCCUUCCCAUAUGUCUUUGCUCGAUCUUGAACACUGCUGUUGAGCGAUGGCGUUUUCUUUUUUUUUAGUCGUCUUGCUGUUUCUGAUUUUCUCCCAGUUUCUGUUUUACUUGUUUCACUUGACGACA